CUCUGUGUGUGUGCGCGUGCGCCCUGGGGGCUGCUGGGAAAGGAGUCUGGGAGGGGUGGGGGGAGAAUGUGUGCCCCUGGGCUUAAAGGGGAGGAUCUGUGGAUAAAGGGUUACUUGGCCCAUUUUAUAGGGUAGGAAACUGAGGCACAGAAAGGGCAGGUUAAUAGCCCAAAGCCACACAGUGAGUCAGUUCUAAAAUGGGGCAUGGAACCCAGGAGUCCAGCCCCCCUGCUCUCACCACUAGCCCCCACUCCCCUCCCAGAGCCAGGGAUAGAACCCAGGAGUCCUGGCUCCCAGCCCCCCUGUUCUCACCACUGGACCCCACUUCUCCUCCAGGAGCUGGGUGUGGCGCAGGCUGCCCCCUGCUGGUGAAGGAGGACGCAGUCCCGGGUAAGAAAGGCUUCGCUGUCACCUGGCCCGUCUCUCUCCCUCUCUCCCUGCAGCCGGGCCCCCUGACGGCGCCAUGGAGCGUCUGCUGCUCUACGCCCUGGCCCUCUGCCUGGCCCCCUCCCGCGCCCAGCUGUGCCCCCCCCGCUGCACGUGCCAGAACCUGUCCCCCUCGCUGGCCGUCCUGUGCGCCCGUGCCGGGCUGCUCUUCGUGCCCGGGCUCCUCGACCGGCGCACGGCCGAGCUGCGGCUGACGGACAACUUCAUCGCAGCCGUGCGGCUCCGGGACUUCGCCAACAUGACGCGGCUGGUGCACCUGACCCUCUCCCGCAACGCCAUCCGCCAGCUGGUGCCCUUCGCCUUCGCCGACCUGCGCGGCCUGCGGGCCCUCCACCUGGACGGCAACCGCCUGCCGGCCAUCGGGGCCCAGCAGCUCCGGGGCUUGCCCAACCUGCGCCACCUCAUUCUGGGCAACAACCAGCUGCAGGCCGUGGCGCCCGGCGCCUUCGACGACUUCGCCGGCACCCUGGAGGACCUGGACCUGUCCUACAACAACCUGGCCCGGCUGCCCUGGGAGACCAUCCGUCGCCUUAGCAACGUCAACUCCCUCAGCCUGGACCACAACCUCAUCGCCCACGUGCCCCAAGGCGUCUUCGCCGACCUGCACAAGCUGGCCCGGCUGGACAUGACCUCCAACCGGCUGAAGAAGAUCCCCCCGGACCCGCUUUUCCUCCGCCGGCCUGUCUACGCCAAGUCGAAGGGCUCGCCCCUCUCCUCCCUGGUGCUUAGCUUCGGGGGCAACCCCUUGCACUGCAACUGCGAGCUGCUCUGGCUCCGGCGCCUGGCACGCGAGGACGACCUGGAGACCUGCGCCUCUCCGCCCGAGCUCCUGGGCAAGUCCUUCUGGAGCGUCCCCGAGGAGGAGUUCAUCUGCCAGCCGCCCGUCAUCACCCGCCACACGGGCCGGCUGGCGGUGACGGAGGGCCAGGGGGCCACCUUGCGCUGCCGCGGGGCGGGCGACCCCGAGCCGGCGGUGCACUGGCUGUCUCCGGAGGGGAAGCUGGUGGCCAACGGAUCCCGGACGCUGGCCUACGAGAACGGCAGCCUGGAGAUCCUGGUGGCCGCCAUCCAGGACGCCGGCGCCUUCACCUGCGUGGCUUCCAACGCCGCCGGCGAGGCCACCGCCUCCGUGGAGCUGCGGGUCAGCCCCUUGCCCCAGCUCGUCAACGGCACCCGCCCCCCGGCGCCCGGGCCCUCCGAUAUCCUCACCUCGGCCAAGGCGGGUGCCGACGGGAGCUCCGCCCCGCGGGAUGCGGGGGUCCUGGCCUCCGAGCUCUCGGCGUCCUCCGCCCUCAUUCGCUGGGUCCCGCCGCGGCCCGGGCCCGGCGUCCGCAUGUACCAGAUCCAGUAUAACAGCUCCUCCGACGAGACCCUGGUGUACAGGAUGAUCCCCCCACCCAGCCGGGCCUUCCUGGUGAAGGACCUGGCGGCGGGGCGGGCCUAUGACCUGUGUGUGCUGGCCGUCUACGACGACGGGCCGACGGCGCUGAUGGCCACCAGGGUGGUGGGCUGCGUCCACUUCAGCACCCGGCCCGGCUCCCCGCAGUGCCGCUCCCUGCAUGCCCACUUCCUGGGCGGCACCAUGAUCAUCAUCAUCGGCGGGAUCAUCGUCGCCUCCGUCCUGCUCUUUAUCAUCAUCCUCAUGAUCCGCUACAAGGCCCACGGAGGGAACAAGAAGGCCCAGGUCAGCAACGUCUAUUCCCAGACCAACGGCGGGCACCCCCCGGCCUCCUGGGCACAGGACCGGGCCGACGACAGGGCCAGGGAACUCAACGGGGUGGCCCCGAGCAAGGACUGCGAGAAGGGGCUGGCCACCCGUGGCCAAGAGGUGGGCGUGGGAGAGGCACCCUCUCCCAGGAGGAGGAAGUGGUCAAGGACUAGUCUAGACCUCCAGACCAACUGCCCCGCACCUGGCCGAGCCGAGGAACAAGCCCCCCCGGCAGCAGCGCCCCCUGUGGGCGAGAGGAGAUGUGCCGGCGAAUGGACCGAUGUGAAGAUCUGAGCAUCUCACCCAGCUGGAGCGUGGCCGAGCUGUCAGGGGCGCCCCCAGAUCCCCAUGGUCACCGGAUCCAGUGGGAACCCCCUCCCUGCCCCUCCAGGGUUCCCAUUUCACGCCCCUCACCCAACAGCCCGAACUACCUGGGACCCUGGGAGCCGGACAGUGCCCGCUCCUCCCCCACACGGAGCGGGGCCUGUGAGGGGGUGUGCCCAGACAGGCGGGCUUUUGCCAUGGACCCCGUUUCUCCAGGGGAUGGCGCCGCCUACCCCUGCCCUGGCUCAGGGUUUGUCCUGGGCUCACGUGACUCGCCCCGUGCUGGGGCGGGAGCUCCUGCAACCCCCCCCCCCCAAACCCCUGCUCUUGCCUGAAGCCCCGGCAGCUGGUUUUCUAUGA